AAUCCUCCCAGGAUGAGGCCAGAGUCCUUCCCUGAGCUGGACCAUAUCUUUCUGUGCUAGGACUCUGUCAGGGCAGGCAGCGGACCAGCAUCCAGCAUGAACGAUAUCUACAAGGCAGCGGUUGAACAGCUGACAGAUGAACAGAAAAAUGAAUUCAAGGCCGCCUUUGACAUCUUUGUCCAAGAUGCAGAGGACGGCUGCAUCAGCACCAAGGAGCUGGGGAAGGUGAUGAGGAUGCUUGGGCAGAACCCCACCCCGGAGGAGCUGCAGGAGAUGAUCGAUGAAGUGGAUGAAGAUGGGAGCGGUACGGUAGACUUUGAUGAGUUCUUGGUCAUGAUGGUGAGAUGCAUGAAGGAUGACAGCAAAGGGAAGUCAGAGGAGGAGCUGGCAGAGCUGUUUCGGAUGUUCGACAAAAAUGCUGAUGGUUAUAUUGACCUGGAGGAGCUGAAAAUGAUGCUGGAGUCUACAGGGGAAGCCAUCACCGAAGACGACAUCGAAGAACUCAUGAAAGACGGCGACAAGAACAAUGAUGGGAAAAUUGACUACGAUGAAUUCUUGGAGUUCAUGAAAGGAGUGGAGUAAUCGUGAUCAACAGAGAAUUGGGAGGGUUACGUCUGCACAUGUCUGUAAAUCCAUGAUUAUCUCUGGAAUGGGGGGUCUGAACAGGAAACGGCUUAUGGAAACAAUGGGGUCAAUUUAGCAAGAUUUAGUCCUAAACUCUCUGAAUUUUUCUUUUUUUUUUUU